GAGAGGAGCUUCUGGUCCUCCCCCUUCCUCUUCACUGAAUCACUGCACGCAAAUCCCCUUCCCUUCCCUCCCGAACAUGGAAUGGGAGAAGUGGGCGAAGAAGCUUCCACUUUCUAGCGAGAAGGCGAGGGGAAUGGGAGACCAGGGGCGGAGCUGCGGAUUCUGCGCCUCUCAGCGAUCAACAGCGGCCGCAGUCUGCUGGCAGAAAUAUUUUCACCAUAAUUUACCGAUGUAGGAGUAGAAGAGAAAGGCCAUGGAAAACGAGAUCUUGGCGGAUGUUUCCAGGGACAAAGCGACACCAGGAGCACCGGGAGCAGCUUCAGCCACAGCAAAGCCUCUUGCAUGUCCAACUGUGUGAAACGCUUCAGGGCGAUGUAGAUGUUCACCGUCCAUUGGUUCAUUAGCACUUUAGCAGUACCAGUAGUUAGCUUGCCAUGUUUGGUCCUCUGGUUCCAAAUGUAGCAUCUACUUGACUACUUGAGUUGAUGAUGCAAACCAAAACCAAGGUGUGAGGGUUACCUGUCUCCUUCCAACAUCAGUCUGUUGCUACAUGAGUUGAUGAUGCAACCCAAGAGGCGAACCUGUAUAUUACUACAACACUCGUUGAUUUUGUCAUUUUGUUUGCUGAAAUGGUCUGACUAGAUAAUGGCAGAGGAUGAUUAAAAUGGUACCGUGGUUUAAGUUGUUUACCCUCGGAAGAAGGCAAAACAAGCUUUUGGUGGAGCGAAAUGACUUUCACCUGCUGUGGUAAUGAUGCCUUGGGAAUCGAAGAGUAAUAACUUGCCACCGACUAGAGUAGUACAGCUGCCAUGCGACAUGUAGUUGCAUCAAGUCUUUUCCAGUUGAUUCCAGUGGCAUAGUCGCGCCAAGUCUUUUUCCAGUUGAUCCAGUGGCACGAAUCUCCAGGCUGAUCCAACGGUGGGCAGUGUAAGUCAAAGCACAGUCUGUGAGGUGAGCCUGCCGGAGCUUAAUUGUGACAUGACCGCCUGGCAGUAUACGUGUAGCCUUCAGAGCUCAGCUCAGACGACUUCACCGAGGGGAGCCUCCAACAGUACAAGCGAGUGCCUUUUGCCCCCACUUGUGACCUCCAAGGCAGCGCUUCACCGGAAAGAGAGCGAGAGAGCGGUUCACUUCGACGACGUCCUCUCCUCAUGGAGUUCAUUGUCGGGAGCUCGAAAGAUGAUGCAGAAGCUGACGAGCAGCCUCUGGACCUGAAGCCAUUAAAAUCACUGUCGCCGAUGUUCCCUACACCUCCAGGGUAUGAUGUAUCAAGUGUAUCAGCCGAUCCACCAGUAGUCUACAUCACACCUAUAUUCAGGUCCUGCUCCUCAUCAGAACAUCCUAGGCCAGAUCCUGCAUCAUCUGCUCAGGAAUCACCGAUAUCCACAAAUCCUCCAAACGUCACACCAAUCUCAUCGAAAUUUCCUACGCCGCAACCAGUGUCCACAAUUCCUCUGAACGUCACACCAAUCUCAGCGAAAUUCCCCACGCCGCGACAUAAACCGGCGUCCACAAUUCCUCUGAAGGUCACACCAAUCUCGGUGAAAUUCCCCACGCAGCGACAUGAAGACGAAUCAUCAGAUGAAGGAUCGGAUGAAGAUUACAAUCCCUGUUACAACAAGAGAAAACCACCUUCACUGAAGAGGGCAACCAAGAAGGCUCGGCGAGCUGCAGACUCCAAUGCAACUGACAUCGAGCAAAGACCAGUAAGGAGGAGCCUCAGCAAGGAGCUUGUCUGCUGGCGCUCCUCGUCAAAAAGCCCAAGGGAGUUAGUUGAAGCGACAAUGAACAUGUUUGAUUCGCUCCGGCGCUAUACGCUGCAGUUAGCUGACAAUGAGGAUAGUAGCAAGCGUGCCGACUUGAAGGCUAGUGUUCUCAUGAAUCAAAACAACCUGAGGAUCAAUGACAUGAAGAUAAUAGGGCCUGUCCCGGGUGUUGAAAUUGGAGAUAUUUUCUUCUACAGGAUGGAAAUGAACAUUUUGGGUUUGCAUGUGCCAAUAAUGGGUGGCGUCGAUUACCUGCCGGCUACACAAGUUGGGAAAGAUGCGAGUCUUGCCGUGAACAUUAUCUCAUCUGGUGGAUACGAGAAUGAUGAAAAUGACACGGAUAUUCUGGUGUACACAGGCCACGGCGGCAAUAGCCGGUACAAGAAGCAUGACCAGAAGCUUAUGAGAGGAAACCUUGCUCUCAAGAACAGUGCCAAGAAGAAGAAUCAAAUCAGGGUUGUGCGCGGUGUGGAUGAUCCAUUCAUUAACUCGGGCAAGGUUUAUAUAUAUGAUGGGAUUUACCGCAUCGAAGAUUCUUGGAUGGACACCGCGGCGAAUGGUUUCAGUGUUUUCAAGUACAAGCUUAGGAGGGAGCCAGGCCAACCUGAUGGAAUUUCAGUUUGGAAGAUGACAGAGAAGUGGAAAGCAAAUCCUGCCACAAGAGAAAAAGCCAUAACGUUGGAUUUAUCAUCGGAGGUUGAGAACCUACCUGUCUGCCUUGUCAAUGACGUCGGUGACGAAAAGAGACCGAGCCACUUUGAAUAUGUCACUGGAGUGAAGUAUUUGAGAUCUCUUAGUAGGAACAAGCCAGUGCAGAACUGCAAAUGCCCUAGCAUGUGCUUGCCAGGUGACACUAACUGUUCAUGUGUGCAACAGAAUGGUGGUGGUCUUCCUUACAGCUCAUCCGGGGUGCUUGCGAAGCAUGUUCCGAUGCUUUAUGAGUGCUCUUCUGAUUGUCAUUGUUCUCAAGAAUGUCGAAACAGGGUCGCGCAGAAAGGGGUUAAACUAAACUUGGAGGUUUUCUCGACUGGAGACCGUGGAUGGGGUCUCCGAUCAUGGGACCCAAUCCGUGCUGGUACAUUCAUUUGCGAGUAUGCUGGUGAAGUGAUUGAUGAAACCAACAUGAACACGAAUAUUGAGGAAGAUGACUACAUCUUUCGCCCGUCAUUUCCCAACGAUAAGGCUUUAAGAUAUAAUCUAGGUGCAGAAUUGUUUGAAGAAGCGAGUACUGAUGCCACAGCCGAGAACUUCAAGCAAUUCCCUAUCGUGAUAAAUGCAAAAGAGGCAGGGAACGUAGCUCGUUUUAUCAACCAUAGCUGCUCCCCGAAUCUCCUUUGGCAGGCUGUGCAGUAUGACCAUGGGGAUGAUAAUUAUCCACAUAUCAUGUUCUUCGCGAUGAAGCAUAUUCCUCCCAUGACUGAACUGACCUAUGAUUAUGGUGUAAGAGGGGCUCCUCCUGGCUUUAAGGGCAAAUUUCCCCAAGCUUGCAAGCUCAGGGCAUGCCUCUGCGGAUCUACAAAGUGCCGAGGUUCUUUCUGACAGAAAAUAUGCUGGCCUGACACGUAUGAACUGAUGUAGUAAACAAGGUUAUUACGCUGCUCUAUGGUAUAUCGUGGUGGUCUAGCGCUGAGCGGAGUGUUUUGGAAGGGAGCGGAGUAAACGGUCUCUGUAUUUUGGAUGCUGGUUGUCGCAAACGUUGCCAUUGUGUCUUUUGGCAUGCAAGUCAUGUGUAGUAAAUCUUGCAUAUGCAAGCAUGUCAUGUAUAAAUCAUGCACAAGUAAUCUUCUAUAAGAAACCAACCAUCUAGUAUCAUGUGUUCUUAGUCACUAGUACUCUUCUGUGAAUGCAACUUUGCUGCUUGAUACAGUGGAAGCCUGCCAUCUUUUGUGGUGAAAAAGAAGAGCAUGGCAGACUGUUGUUGAUUCUGUUAUGGUGUUCUUACUAGAAGAUGAAGCUUACACUUU